AUGGCAACAAUCAGACUGAAGCUUGGAAGGCAUAAUUUUCAUCCAUUAAAGAGGAGCAUUUUUUUGCUAUUGAAACUCAUAGCUGUUAUCUUUGCUAUGCUUCUAUUUUGUGAGUUUUUAAUCUAUUACUUAGUGAUCUUCCAGUGUAACUGGCCUGAGGUAAAAACCUCAGCCUAUGACGGGGAUCAGGGAACUCCUGAGCCCAUGCUGAAAGCUAUGUUCUUGGCGGAUACUCACUUGCUUGGGGAAGUGAAAGGCCACUGGCUGGACAAGUUAAGAAGGGAAUGGCAAAUGGAGAGGGCCUUCCAGACAGCUCUGUGGUUGUUGCAGCCUGAAGUGGUCUUUAUUCUGGGGGAUAUCUUUGAUGAAGGAAAGUGGAGCUCUUCCCAGGCCUGGGAAGAUGAUGUGCAGCGGUUUCAGAAAAUGUUCAGACACCCACAGCAUGUGCAGCUGAAAGUGGUUGCUGGAAACCAUGACAUUGGCUUCCACUAUCAGAUGAGCACAUACAAGAUAAAACGAUUUGAGAAAGUUUUCAAGUCUGAAAAGCUGUUUUCUUGGAAAGGAAUGAAUUUUGUAAUGGUGAACAGCGUUGCUCUGGAAGGGGAUGGCUGCAGCAUUUGUUCUGAAAUGGAGGCUGAACUCAUUGAAAUUUCUCACAAACUGAACUGCUCCCGAAAGCAGGCACCCCUUUCCAGUUGGUGUGGAGACAGGCAGCAGCUUCCGGCCUCAGCCCCAGUCCUUCUACAGCAUUAUCCACUUUACCGCACAAGUGAUGCUAAUUGUUCUGGGGAAGAUGCUGCUCCUCCAGAGGAGAAGAACAUCCCAUUCAAGGAGAGAUAUGAUGUGCUUUCUCAGGAGGCUUCACACAAGUUACUGUGGUGGCUCCAGCCACGCCUGGUGCUGAGCGGCCACACCCACAGCGCCUGCGAAGUGAUCCACAGUGGAGGAGUGCUUGAGGUCAGCAUCCCAUCAUUCAGUUGGAGGAACAGAAACAACCCUAGUUUCAUUAUGGGCAGCAUAACAUCCACAGAUUAUUCCCUCUCCAAGUGCUACCUUCCCCUUGAGGACACAGUCUUGGCCACCUACUGUGGAGCAACAGUGGUCCUCCUGGCUCUCGUACUGGCUCACUUUGAGCUUUUACCUUUGCCUUUCCUUUUUGGUUGGAACCUGGUUAAGAAGCAUAAGGGAAUGUGA